AUGGGCCUUUAUACAAUUAUCAAGAAACAGAGGAGAAAAGAUAAAGAAAUACGUAUUUUGAUGCUAGGCUUGGAUAAUGCAGGAAAAUCGACUAUUGUAAAGAAGAUUAGUGGUGAAGACGUGACGACAAUUUCACCGACAGUAGGCUUUAAUAUUAAAACAUUAAUAUGGGAUUGUUAUAAAUUAAAUAUAUGGGAUAUUGGAGGACAAAAGGUUUUAAGAGGAUAUUGGAGAAAUUAUUUUGAAUGUACAGAUGCAAUUGUAUGGACAGUAGAUUUAACAGAUCGUAUGAGGGUUAAAGAAUGUUGUGAAGUUUUAAAAAUAUUAUUAAAAGAGGAUAGACUUCUGGGUACAAGUUUAUUAAUAUUGGGUAAUAAAUGUGAUAUGGAAUCGGGAAUGGAUAUUGAGGAAUUGAAAUCGUAUCUUGAAUUAGAAGAUAUUACUUCUCACAGUUAUAAUAUUUUUAAAGUAUCCGCACUUUUAGGAUUAAAGUUGUAUGAUGCGUUUAAGUGGUUAAUUGAAGAUAUAGAAAAAAAAAAAUAUCGAAGUUAA